UGCCAAACCGUGAUGAUGCUUUGACAAGAAACUGAGGAUCCCGUUACAUAUACUGGUAGGAGGGUGUCCUUGUUAGCUUGUCAUCCUGUUGUAACCCCGAGGCCAGUGAUGUGACUGGAAUGUGAAUUCAUCAUAAAAGGACCAACUCUACCUGAGGACUUCCUGCUUCCCCAAGAAACUCAGGCAAACUUGGCAGACUUUGACGGGCAGGUGACUGAGCCAAUGAUAGACUUACAGGACCUUUAACGAGCGCCUGCUGGGUCCUCCAGUCCGAUUUACGAGGGCGUGUGCACCGCACGGAUGAGCCCGUGAACCCGGAUGAGCACCAUCGCUGCGAUAAACCCUGUAAGAAGAGGACGGCCCCCCUCCCUGGAUGUUCCUGAUCGAGUCAUCACAUCGCUACCGUACUUCGUCGUGAGAGGCUGACAUUGUUGAAGAGAUACUGAAACCCUCUGAAGCAGCAGGAGAGCAGCCAUGGAUAUCAUCUCCUCGCUGGUCUGCCCUCUCCUCUUCAUCCUCCUGUCCUCCCUCCCCUCCUGCUCCUCCUCCAUGCUGUGUCCGAAGCGGUGCACGUGCCAGAAUCUGCUGCCGUCCUACACGGUGCUCUGUGCCAAGACGGGCCUCCUCUUCGUUCCGCCCAACAUUGACCGCCAGACGGCUGAGCUCAGGCUGAUGGACAACUUCAUUACGACGCUGAGGCACCGUGACUUCGCCAACAUGACCAGCCUGAUCCACCUGACACUAAGUCGAAACACCAUCAGCCAGAUCAGGCCGUACACCUUUGACUUCCUGGAGACUCUGGAGGAUUUGGAUCUGAGCUACAACAACCUGGUGGAAAUCCCCUGGGACACCAUUGCUUUGCUCGUCAGUGUCAACACCCUCAGCCUGGACCACAACCUCAUAGAGAGCGUCCCAGAGGGAAUCUUCUCCAACCUGCACAAACUGGCCAGGCUUGACAUGACCUCUAACAAGCUGAAGAAAAUACCUCCAGACCCACUGUUCCUGCGGAUCCCGGUGUACGCCAAGAUGAAGGGCUCUCCUCUUACAGCGCUGGUGCUGAGUUUUGGCGGGAACCCUCUGCACUGUAACUGUGAGCUGGUUUGGCUUCGCAGGCUGACCAGAGAGGACGAUCUGGAGACCUGCGCUUCACCUAAAGACCUGGCUGGCAAAUACUUCUGGACCAUACGAGAGGAGGAGUUUGUUUGUGAGCCACCAAUGAUAACGCGCCACACCUCCAAGAUGUUUGUAAUGGAGGGUCAGGAAGUCAGCCUGCGAUGCAAGUCCAUCGGUGACCCUGAGCCGUCAACACACUGGGUCAGUCCAGAUGGGAAGUUGAUUGGAAACACAUCGAGAACAAUCUGCUAUGAGAAUGGUUCCCUUGACAUUCUCAAGGCCUCCGUCAAGGAUUCUGGAAAGUUCACCUGUAUAGCGUCCAAUGCUGCCGGGGAGGCCACUGCUCCUGUCGAGUUAGUCGUGAACCCUUCUCCACACUUUGACCCCAAGCUGGACCCUGACCCGGGGCCUUCAGACAUCCCUACGUCCAUCAAAUCCAAUAUCAGCGGAGGCCAGGCUCGCUCUGACCAGCACAGGGUCAGCGUGUCGGAUCUGACGUCCAGCUCUGCCACCAUUAGAUGGCCUCCACAGAACCACAUACCAGGAGUGCGCAUGUACCAGAUCCAGUACAACAGUUCCACAGAUGAUAUACUCAUAUACAGGAUGAUCCCAGCUAACCACAAGUACUUCCAGCUGAGUGAUCUGGCAUCAUCGCGGGAUUACGAGCUGUGCGUUUUGGCCGUGUACGAUGAUGGCAUCACCGCGCUGACAGGCACUAAGCUGGUGGGCUGUGUGUCCUUCACGACGGAGUCAGAAUACGGACGCUGCCACUCUAUACGAGACCAGUUCCUGGGUGGUACCAUGAUCAUCAUCAUCGGGGGGAUCAUCGUGGCCUCUGUCCUCGUCUUCAUCUUCAUUCUCCUGAUGAAGUACAAGCUGCACAGCAACCACUACAAGCAGAAAGCUGCCGCACGCCACGCCAACGUCUGUUCCCAGACCAACGGAGGAGGAGGUGGAGCCAACAUCCUUGCUCUGCCUCCAUCGUCCUCCUCCGCAGGGCAAGGUGGAGGCAUUAAUAGAAACUCCCAACCGUCAUCGUCGACAGAUGGGAUGGGAGGAGCUUCUCUUCGAGGGACGACUGUAGUGGACUUAAAUCCCGCCCACGACGAU